GUACCUGGCCGUCCCCCCAGGCUGGCAGACAGGCAGACAGACAGGAACACACAGACAAACAGACACACACACAGACAAACAGACACACACACACACACACACAAACAGACAGAUAAACAGACAGGCAGACAGGCAGCGACAUGUCUUUGUCCGGGUCCUCCGGGUCCGGGUCCUCCGGGUCUGGCUCCGGGUUCAGCCGGGAGGUGCAGCAGGCCACCGCGCUGCUGUGCGGCAGCUCGGGCUCCAUGCCCCUGCUGCAGCUUCACCGCGAGCUGCUGCAGCGCUGCGACAUCACCGUAGAAGAGUUCUGCUGGGUCCUCCAGGGGUGCCCCCGCUUUCUGUUGGUCAGCGGGCCGGCGGAGGACGGCUGGCUGCGGCCGGAGGACUGCACGGUGGUGGCCAGGACGUCGCUGCGGCUGUGCGACAGGCAGGAGGAGUGCGGCGGCUGCGAGCAGCUGCACCUCUGCAAGUUCUUCAUCUACGGAGACUGCAGGUUCGGCAAGGGAAGUUCACCCUCUUCCUUCCUGGCGCACGGGUGUCGGCGCAUUCACUUCCCCCUGCCCUAUCUGUGGGAGGUGUUUGAUGGCGUCGACUGGACAGCCCUGCAGAACAUGGAGGACAUCGAGCGGGAUUACUGCGACCCGUCCAAGACACAGAGCUGUGGCGAUCCACCUGUGGACUUCCUGUCGUGGACUCAGGACUCGCAGGCGGUUCGCCGUCUGUCCACGGUUUCCUCGGUAACGAAGCCGCCUCACUACGUCCUGACCACUGAUUGGCUGUGGUACUACCGGGCGGAGCGGGGGAACUGGGUGGAGUACGGGCAGCCGCUUUAUCUGAACAUUUAUGACUGCGUGGUCAAAGACCGGAGACAGUACGUCGUCAGCUUCAAAGACAUGUACCAGAGGAACCCCAAACACAGGACCAAGAGGAGAGUCUGUCGGCGCCCCCGCUUCGUCUCUGUGGCCGAGGUGACCGAUCAUUAGAGGGACCGGGACCUGAAGGGGUCCGUGGCCGAGGGGACCAAUCAUUAGAGGGACCGGGACCUGAUGCGGUCUGUGGCCAAGGGGACCAAUCAUUAGAGGGACCGGGACCUGAAGGGGUCUGUGGCCGAGGGGACCAAUCAUUAGAGGGACCGGGACCUGAAGGGGUCUGUGGCCGAGGGGACCAAUCAUUAGAGGGACCAGGACCUGAAGGGGUCUGUGGCCGAGGGGACCAAUCAUUAGAGGGACCGGGACCUGAAGGGGUCUGUGGCCGAGGGGACCAAUCAUUAGAGGGACCGGGACCUGAAGGGGUCUGUGGCCGAGGGGACCAAUCAUUAGAGGGACCAGGACCUGAAGCGGUCCCGUCUGGAUCUGAUCUUGGGUUAACACACUUGGGUUUUUAACUGAACUGUCUAAGAUUUCUAUUCUAAAACAAAACGUGUGUGUGUCUGUAUCUGUCUGUGUGUGUGUGUGUGUGUGUGUGUAUCUGUGUGUGUGUGUGUGUGUGUGUGUGUGUGUGUGAGAGUGUGUGUGUGUG